UAGGAGUUCAAACCCAGAAAUCAAAAAGUCAACCGCACCAAUCACCUCCAGCCACGUAUCAGCCGAGAUGCUUCAUCUUUUCCUUUUGUUCCCCCGUCGAGCGUCUCCUCGUGUACUGAUUACAUCACUCCUCCAGCUAUGAAAAGCAUAUACAGCAGAUACAGAUUCGUUCGAACCCAGAGUAGAUCACAACAACAUUGCUCAUUGUCAUUCUUAUUGGAGUACUCUCAAACCUCUCUAGUCUAGAUAUUAAUAUGCCUAGGCAGAACCGGCUGGUGGACGGGUUGAUACCCGGGUCGUGCAAGAUCCGGAAGAGGGGUUGCUCGCCGACGUCUUCGACGACGUCGUCUGUUCUCCAGAACUACAAGUUCAAGCGGGCCAUCUUGGCGAGUACGGGUCAGAGAUCGAGAUCCGGCACGCCGGUCCCGAGUUGGAGAAAUGCUUCGGCGCCGGAGGAGGCGGCGCCGUCGCGGAGCGGGGGCGGGAGGGCUGCCGUGUCCGCGAGGAAGCUGGCGGCGACACUGUGGGAGAUGAACGAGGUUCCGUCGCCCAAGGUUGGAGAGAGAUUGGAGGAAGAGGAGGAGAACACGAGGGAGAACGUGAAGAAGAAGAGUGAGAUGAUGAGGGUUAGAGAGAGAGUGGGGGCCAGGUCGACACAUUCCGGUUCGGGUUCGCUUCCUCCGCAUUUGUCUGAUCCCUCUCACAGUCCUGUUUCUGAGAGGAUGGAUCGUACAGGUAGUCGCCAUAGGAGGACUUCAUCAAUAUCUCAUAGGAUCAGGCUUGCAGACAAGAAUGUUGGCCUUUUGGAUUCACUUAGCAGUGCUAGUUUAAUGGAGAUUGAGACUAGAUCCCGAGGUCAGACUCCUAGCGGGUCCAUGGUUGGAGAUAUGCCACGUUUGAAGGAUAUUAGUAAUGCUUUGACAACAUCUAAAGAGCUACUGAAAAUAAUCAACCGUGUCUGGUCUCGUGAUGAUCAGCCUUCAUCAAGCUUGUCCCUAAUCUCUGCCUUACAUGCGGAGCUUGAGAGGGCUCGCUUGUUGGUCAAUCAACUGAUCCAAGAACAGCGUCUCGAAGAAAAUGAAAUCAAUUGUCUUGUCAAGUGUUUCGCUGAAGAGAAAGUGGCAUGGAAAAACAAGGAGAAACAAGUGGUGGAAGCAGCUAUUGAAUCGGUCGCGGGUGAACUUGAGGUUGAAAGGAAGCUGAGGCGGCGAUUUGAGAGUUUGAAUAAAAAACUGGGAAAUGAAUUAGCAGAGACAAAAUCAUCACUUUUGAAGGCAGUGAAUGAACUUGAGAGUGAGAAGAGAGCAAGAGGAAUAAUGGAACAAAUCUGUGAUGAUAUAGCUAGAGAUAUUGGUGAUGACAAAGAUGAAGUCCAGAAAAUGAAGAGAGAGUCUGUAAGAAUCAAUGAAGAGGUUGAGAAUGAUAGGGAGACACUUCAUAUUGCCGAUAAAUUAAAGGAAGAGAGAGCCCAAAUGAAACUUUUGGAAGCUAAGAAUAAAUUUGAGGAGAAAAAUACUAUUGUUGACAAGUUAAGGAAUCAACUUGAAGCCUUUAUGAAAAGAGGUAAGCAAAAGGGAUGCCUUUCUCCGAUUCCAAGUCGUGGCAACGAUGAUAAUAAUGGUGACUAUUUAAGGGGAACCCAUUUUGUUACCCAUGAGAGUGAUAUUAAAGAAGGGUAUGGGGAAGUGGAGGAUGGAGUUGGUUCUGAAGAAGAGUCUGACGUAAGUGAUACUCGUUCUGUAGACUUGAACACGGCCAACAAUUCCAAGACCUGCAAAGGGAAAAGUUCCUCAAACGGAAAUCAUUAUUCUAGGAGAGUUUUGAUUGAUGAUGAAACUGAAGGACAAAUUUUAAGAUCUGGGAGAGGAUCGAGGAUAAGCACUUUUCUUCAAAGGAGCAUAUCCGAUGGAGUUGAAAGUAUUCAGAACAUAGGCAUUGGCUUAGAUCGGGAGAGGCUCUAUGAGCUUGAGAAACAAGCUCAAAGGAGAAGUUGUGAGGAUGAUAUUAUGAGAUACAAAACAGUAAAAUGUCUUAGGGACCAAAUAUUGGCUAGUUCAAGGGUAGGACCUUUGAGAGAAGACUAUGGUAGUCCAACUAGGCAAUGGAGGCAGGCUUGGCCUUCACGUGAUCCUUGCAAUACAAUCCAGGAGAAACCAACUACACUGCAGGGAAGUGGUUUGACCUCAAGGCUAGCAGAAUCCAGAGGGGAAGGCCAGUCCGUAAGAAGAUCAAAAAAGUGAGUUUUCCUUUCUAUAUUUAGUGUUUUCGUGGGUGUUGCUUAAAUUUGCAGUUGUGGUUCUGUAACGCUGGGUAUAGCUCUGAGUAAUAUCCCAGGUUGAGAUGAGAAUCAAAGGUUUAAAUUUUUUGAUGUUUGUUUCUUGCAUGUAUAUCACCAAAAGCUGCUCUAGUUGAGCAAGAGAUCUGUGACCAUUAUGUAAGAUAGUUAUCAUGAUUGGUGUGAAGUUUUUGCUGUUACAAAACUCUCAUAUGUAUGCGAGAAAAUACUCUUUCUGGUU